AUGGCGUCCCAAGCUCCGAGACGUGAGCGAGCUUCCAGUGAUCGAGCCCAACCUGGUCUCAUUCCCCAGCGGCCAGGUCUUCAAAGCCGAACGAUUUCCGCCCCGCCCGGCGGACUAUACAAACUGGAUACAUCUAGAACAGCGAGGGAAGGUGGCAGUGGUCUUGGACGGACACUCAUUGAGGAAGAGGAAAACCCAGCACAUCAAGGCGGGGGAAUUACGGUCCCAGCAGCUCAAUCUGGGAAUAAUGAGACUACACCCAGAUCGAGUUUUCCGCAUGUCAGUAUCGCCGUCGUUGGUGGAGACAAAGUAGGGAAAACGACGUUUAUACAAAGUGCCUUGGACAUGAAACAUCCUCUUACAUCGCGAUCUACAACGAAGAAGAUGUCCUUGGAUGGAACUGUGUACGUUGUUCGAUUGCUGAAAGUGCAUGCCAGCGAGAUGUCUCUGAGCGAUGAUGGAAAGCUGAAAUGGCCACGGCUGGCCAACGACUCACCUGCUCUUGUCGACGGUGUGCUGCUCUUACACGAUGCCUCCCGCCCUGCCACUCGUCUGGAGACACUCAGGAUAAUAGAUAUCUUCACCGCUGUCUCCAUUCCCUUCGUGCUUGUCGCCACCAAAUGCGAUAUUCACUGCGCAGAGGGACCGCUGGAAACAACACUGGGUCGGUAUGAGAUUCAUCAAACAUCUCCCGAAUUGCCUCAAAAACAGAAAAUGUGCAUUGCUGUUAUUUUGCGCGACGUUUUCAGCCAAAGAGAUGUUAUCGUUGAGGGGCGACAGACUACUCCCGGCACACACGAGUGGCAUCACACUCGUGCUCGCUCAGAGAACCCCACACCAUCGCUUACUGGAGCCGCGGGCGGUCCCUUCAGUAGCAGUGCUCUUGAUUCAGGAGUCGAUGGGUACGGCGUCGACCGUCAGCCCAGUGACUCAACCACGUCUCCCAACCUGGCUUCGAAUGCACAGGGCUCGCGAUAUGCCCGGAGCAAUUCGCAUCCGGUGCGACCGCAUACACCCCCGUCCCGAUUGAAUCCGCAUAAGCAGCCUUCAGCAACCGUUGAUUCUUCCCCAGGUAAGGACCACAACCGACAACAGCGCCUCCACACAGCCUGGCGCCACAGCGGGGGCUCGGACGCUUUCAACAGUUUCUUGGAUAUGGAAGACGACAUCGAAAGACCGCCUAGCCCAGAAAGUAAGGAUAAGGCCUCAAGUGAAAGUUCCUCAAACGAGACUGGAUUCACAUUCGAUGAGCUGGUCGACAGACUCGUUGCUCAACCCAUGUCAAAGCAGGACUCGAAAUUCGCGUCAAUCUUCUUGUGCCUUUACAGGAAAUUCGCUGCCCCGGCUACUUUGUUGCACGCAUUGAUCAGUCGCUUUGAGCGCAAUGAAAAGAAUAUCGAGGAUCAAUUGACGCGUAUCGCGGACCAGUUGAGGCUCCUCAACAUCAUGGCCCAGUGGGUGUCGGAAUACGCGGGCGACCUGGCGUACCCCAAGACCCGGAAGCGGAUCGUCGACUUUGUGAGCACUCUAGAACGGAGCCAUUUCUACAUGUUUGCAGCCAAGGAGAUCGGAUCAUAUCUCGAGGUCAAGGCAGAGGACGAUGAUGUAGGAUGGGCAUUCAAGGAUGGAGAAGCCGAAGCUUUUGACGGGCACGAGACCUUUUUCGACAACUCCACUCGCAGCUCGCCGUCUAUGAUUUUGGGUAACUUUUCGGUCGGAGACGACGGCGCUGAGGCGGAAGAGGAGGAGGAAGAAGAAGACCCUAUAUACAGCAUGAGUGCGCUGGACCUUAGUGAGGGCAUGCAUGAUCCGUCGUCGAAACUCUCAACAACACUAUCGAGUCCCGCAACUGAGAAGCCCGGCACUAUCCCAAGUCAAUCAUUCACAUAUAUGCCCCUUGACGCUGCGCAGAGAGAAUCCGAAGCUUUGGAGCUGACGGGCCGCCUUUCAUUAACAAAAAUCCUGUGGAGGCAGUUGAUGGAGAUUCCCGACGAGGAUUUUGCGAAUGAGUUGACGCGGAUCGACUGGAUCAUGUUCAACACAUUCCGGCCGCGAGAUCUUGUCCGACAUGUUAGUCUUUCCGGGCCUGACAAGGACAAGAUCCAGAGUUUGAAGCAUGUUAAUCGCAUGGUCAAACAAUUCAACCACGUGGCAUUUUUCGUCGCUAGCGUGAUUCUCCUCCGAGAUAAACCCAAGCACCGAGCGCGGGCACUGGAGAAGUUUAUGAAUAUAGCUCAGAAACUUCGCCGCCUGAACAAUUAUAAUUCACUGGGAGCAGUGAUUGCUGGAAUAAACGGGACGCCAGUGCAUCGACUCAAUCAAACACGGGAAUUGGUGCCAAUGCAGACUCAAAAGGGCUUCAUGAGGCUGGUCAUCCUCAUGGGCACACAAAAGAGCCACUUUGCAUAUCGUCUGGCGUGGGACAACUCGUUCUCCGAGCGGAUUCCAUUCCUGCCACUUCAUCGCCGUGACCUGGUCUCGGCCGAAGAGGGUAACCGAACUUUCAUCGGCGAGAACCGGGCCAGGAUCAACUGGCGCAAGUUUGAAGUAAUGGGCGAAGUUGUGCUCGGGAUCCAGCGCAGCCAAAAGACUCCCUACCCACAUUUGCACAGAUACGACGAAGUCGCCAGAAUCAUCCUGGACACCAAACUUCCAACUGAUGACGAAGUACGCAUCCAAAUCCCUCCAACUAGAUGUUCACUGCUGACAUACUUAGGAACUGUAUGCCCGUAG